AUGCCAAAUAGUAAUGGCAAUAAUGAUAAUAAUAAUUAUUAUAGUCUGGGAGAUCUUAAAAAAAGCAGUUUUGUUCGAGAACAAUCUUAUAUUAGAAAGAUUCAUGAAUAUAUAAUAACAAAAAAAACAACUGCAAAAACAACAUUGUUAAAAAAAUUUAUUCAAAAUGACUGUCACAUCCAAACGAAUAACUCUUAUCGUCUAACUGAGCUGAUGUCUGAUUUUAAGAAAAUAACUGAAGCAACAGAACGUGUAAGUCGAAUGUUAAAUAUCAAUGUAUUUGCCCUCGUAGUGUGUUGGACUCCAAGUUUUAUUUGGUGGAUUAUUGUUUUAAUAUUUGAUCUUUUUCAGAGUUAUACGUUUCAAACUUGUAAGUUAUCAUUGCAAACAAAGUUAUCGACUAAAAUUGUCAAACUUGCUAGAUCAAUGACGCAAGAUAAUAAUGAUGGAUUAUUGUACAGUGGAAGCCAUAUUGAACAAUGA